AUGAAGUUCUGGAGCACUGUUGCGUACACCGUCGCCGGCCUCGUAGGCCUGGCUGCGGCCAACGAUUCCCUGACUGUCGAUGCCACCAAGGCGUCCAUGACUUUCCAGUAUUCGACCUCGGCGCAGGACUCGACGAAUUGGGUCGCCAUCUACGAGGGCGGCAAGACGCCAACCAACGAGAGCACAAAGUACCUCUACUCAGCAUGGGCUUGGGCCCCCAGCCGCAGCGGCAGCGCCUACAUCAACGGCAACUCUGUUCCUGAGGGCAACUAUUACGCUUGGCUUCUGGCCGAGAACGGCUACACGGUGCUUGCUGGCCCUGCCAAGGUGCACGCUAGCCCCGUGUAUUCUUCUACAGUCACCUACCGUCCGGACAAGAAGGCAUUGACCUUUGACUAUAAGACCAAUGUCCCCGAUAACAGCAACUGGAUCGCCCUCUAUGUCCACGGCACUACCAAGCCCGGUACCGAGAACUACUACGGCUACAAGUAUGCUCCGGGGUCCAGCGGAAGUGUUACCAUCCCUGCCGACUCUCUCCUCCCGGGCGACUAUGACGUCUUCUUCCUCGGCAAGAACGGAUACACCCCAAUCGCAGCGAAACUGCAAAUCACCUACCAAGGUGAUACUGGCCCUGUCAGCUUCCGCAUCGACAAGUUCACCACCAAGAAUGCCCGCGAAGGUGACGAGUUUGAAGCCAGCAUUCGCGGUCUGAUCAAGCCCCGUGCUGAAACGCCCGCCUUCAAAAUCAUUGGCGAGACGAACGGCGACUGGGUCAGUGUCGACAACGAGGGUACUCUCUCCGGCAUCUCGACUUGCUCGUCUGGCACCUCUGUUGUUACGGUUCAGGCCACUGCCAAGGAUGGCUCCACGGCCAACCUGGAAGUCAGCAUCCCCUGUGUUGCCCAGGGCUAG